CCAUGCGUUGGUGGGUAUAUAAACUUCGGCGGUCUCAUUCAAUCGAACACUUUCCCGGCAUAAAUCAUUUGAAUAUUUUUGAAGUCUGAACUUUACAGAUCGGAGCAAUGUCCUUGAAGAUGUUCGUCGUUGUUGUUGCUGCUGUCGUUUACCUUGCAGGAGUUAGCGACGCCCUUAAGUGUCACGUGUGCACCGGAAGAGGAGGCGAUGCCUGCAGCGACGGCUCCUUUGUUGCCACUGCCUCCAUCCAAGACGGAUGCGGCGGCUCGUGUCUCACAACGUUGACCUCAUCUGGCGUCUCAAGGGCCUGUGCUCUGUUCAGUAUGGCAAGCGGAUGUACUACCACAACUUUGAUUGACGGCGAAAUAAAAACCUGCUACUGCGACACAGACCUCUGUAACGCCGGAACAGCCGGAACAGCUGCAAGUAGCCAAAAUGGCGCAGAACGUGCUGGCGUUUCCAUGAUAUCGGCUAGUAUACUCGCCGGGUUAACACUCGUUGCUAGGUCGUUUAUGUAAACUUUCUAGUAACAACAACUUUUACGAUCGAUGUACCAUUCGUUUCGCAGUUAAAUAUAUGGUUUUCGUUAAAUGCAUAUACAUAGCCUCUUUGUUAUUCUUUUUGUAUUUUAGAAACAGUCUUGGGUUUAAAGUUACUUACGAAAUAAUAUGUUAUCUCAAAUCUUUUGCGUUUUAUACAGAGCAUUCUGCUUAUUACUUUUAAUUUAUUCGGUAUGUGAAAACCUAUUGUUUGUUUUCUAUACGUGAAAAAAAUCCAUAAAAACAGCGCCGUACUGCAAUUACCUUGUGUGACAAUGCAGUAUGAAUUGUAAUUAACAUUUAAUAACUACGAGCUCUACAGAACAUUAUUUUGAACUGUUAGACAGAACCAUUGAAAACAGACUUAAGGCUUCUCAUUCUUGACACGAUACUUAGUUCAACGACAUUUCCUUUAUCAUUAUAUUGUACAUGUUUUCAAUUUAUCAGUUUUAAUCAGUUAUUUGUAAACUUAUGCAUGUAUGCUAUAUGUUGAUAUGUUAAGUAUUAGCUGUAUGUAAACUUGUUCCCCGGUUUGUUUUGUUGAGCUUAAGCCUCCGAAAAAUGACGGAACAAAUAUGAGAGUUUGUUUAUGUUAUUUAGGGUUAGAUUAUAGCUUAAAAAGUGUAAGAGCAUGGCUUUAAAUUAGCGAAAUCGGCCACCAUCGACGCUGAAAUCGCUGAUAAAAGUACUACACAAGAAAAAUGUAUAAACAUGUACUACUAUUACAUACAGGAUUCGUUGGAGGUCGUAAUGCUCAUAUGGGCAAAUAACCACAUGUAGGUUACUUACUUUGGGCGCCAAUGUGACCCAGAGAAAAAAAUCCCCGACUACCGCGUCGCCAUACCAACAAGCUCAUAUAGUAUAAGUACUUCUUAUACCUGACCCUACUACAAACAAUUCCGUAUGUUCUUAAAGUUGGAGAUGGAUUCACUUACUCAAUUCUAUAUUUAUACAUUAUGAAUCUAUUUUCAUAUAAAAUAAGUUUAUUUCACGUUUAUAUCUGUAUCUAUCAACUGCUUAGGAUUAAUAUAGCAUUUGGCACCCUUUGCACUAA